CAAUAAUGAUCACAAAAUAAAGAGCUUCAUAUCAUACCAUAUAAAAAUUCAAUGAUAAAUGAAACUAAACCUCUCAUUUACAUGUAAAUACGAAUGUAUCAACACUUAUGACUAAUAGGUAAUUUUCUAUAUAAAUUUUACUCGUCAGAAUAUCAUAUAGAAAAUCACCUUGCACGCGCUCCUCCACUUCCUCCUAAACCAUCGUUUCCGGUAACCCAAACACGCAACGAUUCCGCGCUCGAUUCACCCAGUAAAACUUUCUACUCAUCCUAAAUUCCCGUUCAUGAAGAAAAAAAAUAGAAAAACAAAACGGGAAGUUCGUUAUUCGUCGGAGAAAGUUGAAUUCACAAGUAAUAACCGUAACUGCCCGCUUCCAAAGUGGAGCAAACGUUUAACCAUCGUACGAAUUCUCGACGACCCUCUCUUGCAGCCACCGACGCGAUCGUCGAUGAUCGCAAACGGAUGGAGGCCGCUGACGAAUGGCUACGAGGAAACGCUCGGCACCAACGUCUCGCCGUCGACCAACCUCGAGAGGAAUCCCCUCGUCCAUCCUGUUAUUGGCAAGCUCCAGGAGCACAUGGCGGCUUCGGAGAAGCACAAAUCAAGGAAGAAUAAACCGAUCCCUCAUCACGACUACAGUCCACCUAGCAUACUUGGUAGCUUCACGGUCUUCAGCCACGCAGCCGCCAAAGGACGCAUCGAGCCCCCCACUCACAACCACGUGAGCAAAUACGCGCCCUCAGAGACUCGCGAAUACACCUUUCUGAUCCCUCCGCCCAAGGACGCCUAUCGUUUCGACCUGGACCACCAUAGAAAGCCUAUGCUACGAGACAACGCUGCGUACUUGCGGCAACCCUACGUUCCUCAGGGCAUGCACCAACCGCCAGAUCCAAUAAAAGCGGCCACGUACUUCAUCAAGGGUUACACCUCCACCACAAACACCCCAUCAUCGCCGAUGAAUCCCAAGAACAGACACUACUCCGACUCCUACGUACCUCAGCUUCUGCAGCCCCCGCGCUACCAAGGCAAGCUAAACCAGCCCUUCGAAUCUCUAAAAGUCAACAACAACGCCAAGCCCUACUUCCAACCUCCUAGCACGGCGAUAGCAUCCGACUUUGGCAAAGACAAACGCCUGAGCGACCACGACCAUCGUAAUUACGACAAAUACCAGUCUCAAUCGCAGUCGCAUAACGAGCAGAUUGUCGACCAUCCUGGCAACUACUACAGUCAUGUAAAUCAUCCCUCUCACCCCUACAAGACGUCCUACGAGAGGGAUCCAGCGUUCCUGGUGCACGAGAGUCACGAAAUUAGCUACGUCAGCCCUCCAACGGUCUACAACGGAUACGAUCUGAGACCAUCCUUGCCUUACGAGACUCUUUUACCUCCUGACGUGUACGCCUCGUCCACCCCUGCGCCUACCACACCGCAGGUCCAAGCAUCUAACUAUCAGAACGGUGAUUUGAGAGAUUACAAGCGACCAGGUCAAGGUAACGGUCCUAAGCAAGUGGAGGACACCGUUGUACCCACUUCUGGAGUUGCGAAUACUUAUUACGUCUCCGAGCAUCAAGAUCUCACGCCUCCCCCGUCAUCCUGGCCGGUACCAAAGAGCAAAUACACUUCCGACAUCAACGAGGUGCUACCUCGCGUCAAUCCGCCAUCCAAGUUCAACGAGGAGGUGACAGGCUCGAACCAGGAUCCCCAAGUGCCCAAGGUCCUCUUCAUAGGCCCCCAGGCGCAGCCACCGCAGUACCAAAGUUCUGUCCUACCGAUCGAUAUACGUCCUGAGACCUCUCAGCCCGAGUACGAGACGCCGGAGAGCAUAUCGCUCAAACACUUCAACGAGCAACAAUACCUGCUCCAGCAACAGUUGCUGCAGAGGGACAGGCAACGACUGGCCGAGCAGGAGCGUCAACAGCAGCUGGAGAUCGAGAAGCAGCAGCAAGAGGAGCUGAAGAAACGCCAGCAGGAGCUAAGGGAGUUGAUCCAACAACAGAAGGAGGAGGACGAGGCCAGGUUUGAGGUCGAGGCGGCCAGGAAUCAAUCGCAGCAGCUGGCGAAAGUCGAGGGACAAUCACCCUUCCAGUUCGAAUACGAAAUCCCGAAGGUUACCACGGACGCUGCCCCGGUGAUUACGGAGUACUACGAUGUUGGCGAGCAGCCAAGGAUUCAACAGUCGCAGGUAUCCCAGCCCGACUACGUAAACUCGGAGAGUCCCAUUAGCCUGAACCAGCAGUACGAGGACUACCACGUGAAAAAUCAACCGGAACAAUCGAAUUACCGUGAACCUCAGACAGAGCCACGACCGCACAGACCGCACAAGUUACACCGCGAUCAAUAUAGACGAAGGAAGCCAACAACUACGUUGGCAUACGAGCCAACGCCAACGGAAGCGCCGGUCGAACUUCCAGAAACAUCGUUGCCCGUGACGCUCCACUACGAAGAAGUUCCCAUCCAGACGACCCCAACCCCGGAAACACCUACUCAGCCACCAGUGACCACUCAGAAGCCCAGAACGCGACGACCAGGAUCUCCGUUGCGACGAAAGCGUCCAACGACCACCACGCCCGAGCCAAUCACCAUUUCGGUCGGUGGUGACGAUUACCUGAAAUACGAGCGACCCGAGGAGGUGAACCAGCAGUUGGACACCUCACGAAGAAGGCGUAUCAAGCCAACCCAAACCACCUACGAGGAGUCUGUCACCGAGAAGAAGGCCAACAUCAGAAAACGACCUGGCCACAGGAACAGGGUCAACCCUGGGGAGCCAUUCGAGGCAGAGAUCGUCACUGAAAUCGUCCACACUCCGCUAAACACGUACAGGACACCUACAGAAUCGGUUCCAGGGUACAACGAGUACAACCAGUUCGCAACAAAUCAACCAAACAGUCAGAACUACGACUACACGUCGCAGAAGCUUGGCUCUGGGGAUGAGCAGCGCGAGGACACUACGCAGGUGGUCCCAGGGAACUACUAUACAGAAGUAACGAAAUCCAAAACCGAGGACGUGAAUAACGACAGCUACAAUCCCCAACAGAAUAGCGGAGUGGUUACUAAUAUUCCUCUAGAGGACCUCUUCAGCAAGACGGAAGGCAACUACUUCGAUAGAACAACAGCUGUGUCUUCGACGAGCUUUAGCACAGACUCUAGCUCCAGCUCUAGCCCAAGCACCAGUCUCUCUACAUCAGCUCCAACGACGACUACCACCCCCUCGACGACUCAGGCCCCUGUCCUGACCUCGUCGACGAUCAGGUCCAUCAAGAUGCGACCCAUGAGGUACGGGAACACCACCAGGCCCCGUUUCAGCAUCAAGGACUAUAAGAGUCGGUUGGAUUACAAGAGCAGACUAGCUCAAAUGUCCACCACAGAAGCUUCAGCAGCGCCAGUCCCCCACACGAAGCAGAGAGGAUCCAGUUACAAGAGCCAACAGGCUCAACAAGGUGCUGAUGGUGUUAGAGAGACCACUGGCAGGUACAAGUACAUGUCCAGAGCUAGCUACAGGACAACGUCGCCUGCUCCACCGACUUCUAAAGAUCAGGAGUACACAGGGGAAGAUACUACAUCCUCCACCACGGAGAGGUCCCAUCGUUUCGUCCCCAAGCGAAGGCCCGUCAACGGCAACGUUUACAGAAGCAGGAUUUCUGGGACCACUAGUAGUCCCAGCAGGUCUCAACAAUACGAGAACGAUAGCCAGUCGAAACCAAGCACUGCCAGACCCGAAAAUGUCUUCUCAUCCUCGGUAAGACGUCGACCAGUGAUGAAAAGCAGGCUAGCAGCGCAAAAGGAAACCUCGACGGCCCCGUACAACGAUAGAAAAGAGGCUGAGGCCACGGAAAUGGCCGCCGAGGAAACCAGUUUUUACUCAGCCGCCACCACAAUGGGGACUACCAGAGUAGCAGCUAACGAGAUCCCAGUCGAAAAGGAGGAAGCGGUUUCUACGAAUGUUCCAACGAAGCUCAGCCCUACGGAUGAGGAGAAGAAUGCGGAUGAAAGCGAAAGUGGAGCUGGUUUCCACGUGGAAAAUGAAAAUCUACCUGCGGAACAGGUUGCCACUAGUACUGCCAAAAGCGUGGAAGAGUCCGCGGUGGUGGAAACUAGUACUGCUGACCGACAAGUCGCUGCCACGACGGAGAAAACGACAAACGAAGGCAAACAUGAGACAACGACCGCCUUCGACGUCCAAUCAGACGAGGAGGAAUUAUUCGCUAAGGCGUCGCAAAGCGUGGCCGAUCUGACCAGCUCCGCUUCUGCACUCUACGACAAGCCUGGAUUGUUCAAAGCGGUCUCCCCCGAGAGCAGAGUCGUCGCCUCGCAUUUCAAGUUACCCACCGAGGAGCCUACCUUACCGAUCGAGGCAUUCUUUCAGGAAAUUUCCAAGAAAAGCUAAAGCGCAGGCGAUUUAAAGUUCUGUUUGAUAGAUCCACCUGCAAUUUGACUGUUUGGGAUUGUUAACACUAGGUUUACAGAUCAUUUCAACCUAUCCAAAAUUUUAGAAGGUUUUACAGAAACCGUUUGGGCUUUUUGUCAACCAUUUAUGGUGACUUUUAUUAUAAAGUAGUAUUUUAGUAUAAAGAGAUUAUCGUAUGUCUAAAUUCAUUUUCGUGUAAACCAUUUAAUUUGUUUUAGUAAAUUGGUUUCACUUAGUAAUGCGUCGCUUCAUUAAUAAAAAAUCUGGUAAAAAUCUCCGUAAACCUAGUGUUAAUUGAAGUGAGCUAUAGUUUGUUUUAGUGUUGAUGAAUUUCUUCUUCAAAUUUUUAAUCGGGAGAUAUCGAGCGUUGGAAUGGAAUCUGGAAAAUUGGCAAGGGAUCUCUGCUCGAGAAUUUUAUUUAAUUUUCGAGAGAGCUAUCCCUUGUGGCUGUGGAUUUUAUAUUUAUAAAACGAAUACAGAGUAUAUUUCAUGAAAUAAAGUUGCUUAAUUAAUGGCAACGGGUCGUCUUAUAACACACUUUGAAAAAUAAUAAGAUACGUGCAAUGUUCGCUUAAAUAUUCUCGCAAAAUGAAUGGAUAAAAUUAUUCUCAAUUCUAUUCUAGACGUAACGAAA